CAUACAUAGCUGUUUUCCGGUUGAGUUGAAGCCUUCUUUCCUUGGAUUUCAUCGUUCCGUUCAUUGCGAUGUCUCGUCGCGGCGGUGGCCGGCGUAGCGAUCAUUCUCGAGAGCAACAACCAUCACCGGCGACGUCGGUGGCACCAUUGGGUGGUGGACGGGGUGUUGGGGGACGAGGUGGAAGGGGAACCGGCGAUUGCUUUCCUCCUCCGUCAUCCACUCAUUCUCUGACUGUGUUUCAAACUGGACCGAGUUCAUCCGCCUCUGAUUCUUUAAGCAUUGAUGUGGAGCAAAAGCUUACUCUGGAAGUUUCGGCGACAGAGCUGCCCCCGGCUUCAUCAAAGGCUGUUAGGUUUCCGCCUCGGCCUGGUUUUGGCACAGUCGGAAACAAAUGCGUCGUUAGAGCAAACCAUUUUCUGGUUUCGCUUGCAGAUAGGGACCUUUAUCACUACGACGUUUCAAUUACUCCUGAGGUAACAUCUCGAAAAAUCAGCAGAGCAGUUAUUACCCAACUUGUAAUUUCGUAUCGUCAGUCACACUUGGGCAACCGUCGUCCAGUUUAUGAUGGUAAAAAGAGCCUCUAUACAGCAGGUUCUUUGCCAUUUUCAUCAAAAGAGUUUGUCGUCAAGUUAGUUGAUAAAGAUGGUGAAGCUGGUCAAAGGAGGGAAAGAGAAUUCAAGGUGGCAAUAAAGUUAGCUUCCAGAGCUGAUUUACACCAUCUGCAACAAUUUUUGAACGGCAAACAAAUGGAUACUCCACAGGAGACAAUACAAGUUCUUGAUGUGGUUCUUAGAGAAUCGCCCUCCAGAAAAUAUACUGUUGUUGGAAGGUCAUUUUUCUCACAAACGCUUGGCCAAGGAGAUGAGAGUCGUGAAAUUGGUGAUGGGUUGGAAUACUGGAGGGGAUUUUAUCAGAGUCUUCGUCCCACUCAGAUGGGACUUUCUUUGAAUAUAGAUGUAUCGGCAACAUCCUUCUACGAGUCUGUUAAGGUUUCUGAUUUUGCAACCAAAUAUCUCAAUAUAAGAGACCCAAAAAAGCCACUGUCUGACACUGAUCGCAUUAAGUUAAAGAAAGUACUAAGAGGUCUUAGGGUGGAAGUGUUGCAUGUGCAACAUGUUAGACGUUAUAAAGUUUCAGGGGUAACGACUCAGCCUCUAAGCCAUUUGACUUUUCCGUUGGAUGAGAGUGGGAAAAGUAUUAGUGUCAUUCAAUAUUUCUUUGAAAAGUAUGGAGUUAGAUUGCAGUAUCCUUCCUUGCCAGCCUUGCAAUCUGGAAGUGAUAUAAAGCCCAUAUAUUUACCUAUGGAGGUGUGCAAAAUUGUUCCAGGGCAACGGUUUUGUAAGAAAUUGAAUGAGAGGCAGGUAACUGCCCUCUUGAGAGCAACAUGUAAGCGUCCUCGUGAAAGAGAGAACAGUAUUGCUCAGAUGGUGAGGGAAAAUAAUUACAACAGGGAUGAAUAUGCAGUGGAAUUUGGAAUUCAAGUUACAAAUACACCUGCAACAAUUGAAGCUCGGGUUCUACCACCACCCGUGCUAAGGUAUCAUGAAACUGGGCGAGAGAAAAAAGUUCAACCUGAUAUGGGCCAAUGGAAUAUGAUAAACAUGAAAAUGCUAAAUGGUGGAACUGUGGAGUAUUGGGCCUGUGUGAAUUUCUCUUCAAGGCUGAACAGUAAUAUUGCUUGUCAAUUUUGUCAGGAGUUAGUUCGCAUGUGUUCCAGUAAAGGAAUGGCUUUCAACCCAAACCCUUUACUAAAUAUGUUUUCAGCUAGACCUGAUCAAAUUGAGAGGACUCUCAGAGAAGUUUUGAAUCGAUCGGAAAAGGCCCUGACAAGCAAGGGAGUGAAAGGAAAGCAACUUCAGUUACUGAUAAUUAUUUUGCCUGAUGUUGGUGGUUUAUAUGGAACAAUUAAAAGAAUAUGUGAAACAGAGCUAGGACUGGUUUCUCAAUGUUGUCAGCCUAAGCAUGCUGGGAAAAUGGGGAAGCAAUAUCUCGAGAAUUUGUCCCUCAAGAUCAAUGUGAAGGUUGGAGGGCGAAAUACUGUUUUAGCUGAUGCUAUAGAAAAAAGAAUACCCCUUGUUACUGAUCGUCCUACCAUUAUUUUUGGUGCUGAUGUUACCCAUCCUCAGCCUGGAGAGGACUCUAGUCCUUCUAUAGCAGCGGUAGUUGCCUCCAUGGAUUGGCCAGAGGUAACGAAGUACCGAGGCUUGGUAUCGGCUCAGGGCCAUAGGGUAGAGUUGAUUGAGGAUCUAUAUAAAGUUGUUAAUGAUUCUCAGAGGGGUAUGGUUCAUGGUGGAAUGAUUCGGGAACUUUUGAUUUCAUUUAGGAGAUCAACUAAUCAAAAGCCUCACAGGAUUCUCUUCUUUAGAGAUGGUGUCAGUGAAGGACAGUUUAGUCAGGUAUUGCUUUAUGAGAUGGAUGCCAUUAGAAAGGCUUGUGCAUCAUUGGAAGAGGGAUAUCUGCCACCAGUUACAUUUGUAGUGGUGCAGAAGAGACAUCACACACGUCUUUUCCCUGCAGAUCACAAUAACCGUGCUUUUACUGAUAGAAGUGGGAACAUUUUACCAGGUACAGUAGUUGAUACUAAAAUUUGCCACCCAACGGAGUUCGACUUCUACCUCUGUAGCCAUGCCGGAAUACAGGGUACUAGUCGUCCUACACAUUACCAUGUGUUGUUGGAUGAGAACAAUUUCAGCCCGAAUGCUUUGCAAACACUGACCAACAAUUUGUGCUACACAUAUGCGAGGUGUACUCGAUCCGUAUCCCUUGUACCUCCGGCUUACUAUGCACACCUGUUUGCCUUUAGAGCUAGAUAUUACAUUGAGGGUGAUCAAUCCGAUAGUGGAUCUUCGGCUGGAGCUAGAAGUUGUACUAGAGAGAAGGGUGGUGCAGUCAAGGCCUUACCUCAAAUCAAAGGAAAUGUUAAAGAUGUUAUGUUUUACUGCUGAAAUAUGCACUUUGUAUGUUUCUGUACAAGGGUUUUUUGUUUUGGUUCCGUUGCUUUAGGUUUUGAAAUGGGCUCUAGGCCUGUCUACUACUAGUGGAUGUGAAUAUGCUUCAGUUGAUCUCAACAUGCUCUCUCAGCUACGGCAUAUACUUGCACAGAUGUAGACAUCGUCAGCCACUGACUGGCUAGAAUUCGACUUUUGUUAAAACUGUUACUGGAUACAAUCAUUCCAUAUUUGAUCAAGAUCUUCAGGGCCUUGGAAAUUUCCUCCACGGCUCCACCUCUUUGGGUGUUCUUCUGAAA